UUGCCUAGCUUUCUUCACUCGUAGAAAUCUCAUAAGACACACACAUGCCUGUCAUCUAAAGGACGUCAUCCCAUCCUAAAGGUGCUGAUCUGGCUUGGUAUUCCUCUCCUCUGCUGCCUUUGCCUUUGAGCAGCCUUGAGGAGAGCCUGCAGGGAAAGGAAAAAGAGAAGAAAAAGCGAUAAAGAGAGGGAGAGAGAAAGAGAGAGAGCUAAAGAGAGUGAGAGAGAACAAGAAAGAGAGAGAGAGACUUGAGCUGGUGACAGAGCUUGUAGCCUGCUGUUUUUCAACCAGAGGCUGAGCAGAGUUAGUGCCUUCCCCAGUGAUUAAAAGGGAGACAGAAAGAUCAGUGAGCUGUGAACAGUACAGCUCAGUACCUCUGCCUCAUUGCUGACAUGAUCACAUCGUAAGUGAAAAAAAAGAGUUUCUUCUCUCCACGACCUCUCCACGGCUACUGCUCCGGAACACAGCAUCCACAGACACAGCAUCACAAGCCCCCGACCUCUCUCUCCGGAGUAUUCCUGAUUGUUGAUCCACUGGCACAGGGCUGCUGUUUUGAUUGGCUGACGAGUCUCUCUACUCUCUGGUGAAAGAAGUCCCGUUGCCCUGCUGAGUCUCUCAGUGAGGAGCAUGUGGUGAGGGCUAUGUCGCUGGAGAUGGAGAAGAGUGUCACCAAGUUGAUGUACGACUUCCAGCGGAACUCCACCUCAGACGACGACUCAGGCUGCGCCCUGGAGGAAUACGCCUGGGUGCCCCCUGGUCUCAGCCCUGAGCAGGUGCAUCAGUACUACAAUUCUUUACCAGAGGACAGGGUGCCGUAUGUGAACAGCCCCGGAGAGAAGCAUCGAAUCAAACAGCUGAUUCACCAGCUGCCCCCGCACGACAACGAGGUCCGAUACUGCAACACGCUGGACGACGAGGAGAAGAGGGAGCUCAAGCUCUUCAGCAACCAGAGGAAGAGAGACAACUUGGGCCGAGGCAGUGUUCGCCCUUUCCCGCUGUCCAUCAGUGGGGCCAUUUGUGAACAGUGCGGGGGGCAGAUAAAUGGGGGCGACAUCGUGGUGUUUGCGUCCCGGGUGGGCCAUGGCCUAGUGUGGCACCCUCACUGCUUCGUGUGCAACAUGUGCGAGGAGCUCCUGGUGGACCUCAUCUACUUCCACCAGGAAGGGAAGAUCUACUGCGGCCGGCACCACGCAGAAAGGCUCAAGCCCCGCUGCUGUGCCUGCGAUGAGAUUAUCUUUGCGGAUGAAUGCACAGAGGCGGAGGGCAGACACUGGCACAUGAAGCACUUCUGCUGCUAUGAAUGUGAGGCUCCGCUGGGUGGCCAGCGGUACAUCAUGAAAGAUGGACGUCCACACUGCUGCAACUGCUUUGAGUCCCUGUACGCAGAGUACUGUGACGCCUGUGGUGAACACAUAGGCAUCGACCAGGGUCAGAUGACAUACGACGGGCAACACUGGCACGCCACAGAGGAGUGUUUCUGCUGCGCCCGCUGUAAGCGUUCUCUCCUGGGGCGCCCCUUCCUGCCCAAACAGGGGCAGAUCUACUGCUCGCGCUCCUGCAGCGCCGGACAGGACCCAGAUGAGUCUGACUCCUCCGACUCGGCCUUCCAGAGUGCCCGCUCCCGUGAGUCCCGCCACAGCACCAAGAUCCUGAAGCCGGAACGUCGGAAUGCCGAGCAGGAGCGCCGCCAGCCAGCGCCCAUGCCUGACCGGCUGUCGGUCGAGGUGGACCCCCUGUCUAUCCAGAUGGACCGUCUGAGCCUCGGCUCCAGCCAGACGCCUAGCCGCACUCCCAGCAGGACCCCCAGUCGCACCCCUAGUCUCAACCAGGUGUGGAUGAGCCGGGACGAGCCUUACCCACCGGCCUAUGAGGCGGCCUACGAGGGCUGCCAGCGGGACCCUUCUCCAACACCCACACCAUUGCUCCUGGGCCCAUGUAACCCCAGGCAGGGCUACAGCCCCAAACCCCACAACCCCCACCCCCCAGCCCAGAGUCCUGUCAACCCGGGGAAAAGGCCAGAGUCCUGGGCUAAAGAGCAGGGGAACACCAAGCGGACGCCCAUGGCGGCACUGAGGGGCCAGUCCUUCCAGGAUAACUGGAUCCAUCACAGCCAGGAUGAGUUCCGGCCACCCAAGCUGAGGACCCAGAUGAGCUUCAAUGAGGCUUCCAGCCAAGGCCAGGGCUUCACGGACAAGAGGAGCAUCAGCCUGCAUGGCUUCCAGAGGGAUGGCAGACCGCCGCUGACCAGGACGAGGAACGCCAUGAGCAACGGCAUGAGCUUCACGGAGCCCCUCACCCCGCUGGAACAAACCCCCCGGGGAUCCAUGGAUUCUCUGACCAUGUCCAAUGCCACAGGUAACUCUCUGGAUGGGGUCAGUAAGCGUCAGGAGCAUCUGUCUCGGUUCUCUAUGCCGGACCUAAGUAAGGACUCUGGGAUGAAUGUGUCUGAGAAGAGCAACAUUGUUGGUUCCGCCGUCCAGUUCCACAGCUCUGAGUCCCUGACCUCUUCUCGACCUUACGGGAACCUGAAUGCCCCUGUGCAUUUGGGCUACCCGCUGGGAUACUGGGACACCCCCCAGCCCCUGGCCUUUGAGGGUAAAGGUCGCAUUGGCCUGAUGGGGAGCAGUGGUAACCUCCGCAUGACCCCCAUGAGUGAGAGGACCCCACGCCGUCGUCCGAACCUCCCGGAGCCCGUCCCGCAGCAGCAGCCCACGCAACCGCGGCGACGCAAGCACCGCACCAGCGACGGAAACGGCAACCGGCGGAGCAGCGGCCGCCACCAUCACCGGCGCUCCCGACGCUCCCGCUCCGACAACGCUCUGCACCUGGCGGCCGACCGGCACGUGAUGGAACCGCCGCACCGUCGCGUUCAGGAGGACUACGACCGCUUCCCCACCGGCCGCACGCGGGACCUGUUCGAGGCGGGGGGCAUGGGCGGUUACAGACAGCAGCCUUAUCGGCCCUGCCCACGGACCACCUCGGACCUCACCCUGCACAACGCGGCAGGGAGCGGGGGGAUGCAGCCUUUGGGCCUCGGGGGGCCGUAUUUGGCCGGAGACGGGUACGGGGACGGGGCCGAUCCCUGGUGCUCCAGCUGCUCCUCAUCCUCCGAGUCCGAAGAAGACGAGGGCUACUUCCUGGGCGAGCCCAUUCCCAGGCCCGUACAGCUGCGCUACCUCAACAACGAGGAGCUGCGGCACAGAUACAGUCCCACGGGGAUGGCGGCCCACCACGGACCCGUACACGGAGGAAGUCACGGGCAGCUGCACGGACAGCUACACAUGCGCCAGAGGAGGAAGAGCAAGAACUGCACCAUCUCAUAGAGAAAGAGAGAGUGGGAGGGAGGGACGGAGAGAAUGAGGGAAAGCCAGAAAGAAAGGAGAGGGAGUGGGAGGGUGAGAGAGAAUGGAAAACAGUAUCUGUCAGCGAGAGAGAGAGAGAGGCCUAUAUAUAUUUGAUGUGUUUGUUACACAACUGACUCUACAAAGAGUGGGGGGGUAUUUGUGUGCACCUACACAGUAUGAUCUAAUCAGAACAGGAAGCCUGCAGUGGACUUACACAACUUCAGUGUUUACAAUGACUGACAUGGAGUCAGGUGACUAACCAUUGACACAAAUAUUACAAUCGUUUUGCUAUAUAUAGCCAGAGAAAGGUUAUGGUAAAUAAUAACUGUAUGUGUGUAUGCACGUGUGUGUAUGCCUGUGUGUGAGAGUGAGAGUGAGAGAGAGAACGCAUGUGUGAGACCCUUCUAUGAUCUUGCGGUCAUUCCAAAAACAUGGGACAUAUUCAUAAAAUUUUACUGCCAUAGUAAAUUUAGCAGCCGUCUUUUCAAACCAGUUAAACAUUUAUAGGAAUCCGAUUUUAUGCAUGCAUGAUGUUCAUUAUGUCAACAAGGCAUAAAUUAGUACAGCAAAUAGUUGCAAUUCAUGCUGGAAUAGUUUUCUGUCUUGAAAUAGAGGGUAUAAAUUCACCAUGUCUGUAAAGUUUAAUGAACCCUCCCAAACAGCUCUGUUUCAAAGAAAUAUUAGUACACAACUCCAAGAGCUCCAAAAUGCUUAUGUAUUUCCGGGACCUUGGAAAACCACAAGAGCGGAGCUUCUCAUUCCAUUGACCAGCCAAUGACUCAUAAUCCCUCCUUUACUUACUGAAGAGUACCAAAAACUGCUUGGCACCCAUCGUUGCCCUCCAAAAUCAGUCCAGCUGGCAGCGUCAUUGUGGAUGAUGUGUGCUAGAUUCCAUAAUGUUUUGUCGUUUACCUCAGUGGAAACCAAGAGCUGAUGGAUCUGACAGGACAGUUGGCUAAUCGAAUGUGUUAUCACCCUAUAUGAAAUAGCCUGUCGAUACGCGACCACAGCCUGCGUUGGGCACUACACAGCCUACUGCCAUGCUCAGCUCUUCUCUCUGCGCUUCCCAAGGACAGCUUUAGCCUCUGCUCCUUGGCCAUUCAGGCACAGUAAAGUCUCGUAUGGUCCCGUUAUCCCCUGCGCCAUGCUUUGUUUUUCGACGUUAUAACGCCACUGCUAGAUUCAUAAUACAAAUUAUAAUAAUACCUGUUGAAUGUAUAUAACAGUAAAAAAUGUUAUUUAAGUUGGAUGUAGUAAUGUAAAUGUUCUGUACAUAAUGGUCCUAAAUAUUUAUAUAUUUUGUAACUACAGAAUCAUUAUUUGUAUAACAUGGUGUAGAGAUAGAAAAGGCUUGCAUGUUCAUUUGUUGAUGUCGUGUCAUCAGUAUUAAAGUGGAUUUUAAUUAAC